UUGUCCCGUGCUAAUGUGCAUCUGUGGCUGAGCUCAUUCACUCUGAAGUCACAGUGUGAAGUCUUCAUAUUUUUUUUCCUGUGGCAAAUGCGGUGAAUUGGUGAAUCGGAACCUUUAGCCCAAAAUAUGGAGAACCACUUCGAUGUAAGUGCCCUCAACAACCAGAGCGUCCCAUCAGCUCUGGGAAAUGCUUGCGGAAUCGACUUCAGUCAAGACGGCAUCUUCCUUCCCAUCCUGUAUGGAAUCUUCUUCAUCAUUGGCAUCCCUUUGAACCUGUUGGCGCUUUUUGGGCUCUACAAACUAAUCCAAUCAGAGAACGUUCUACCCGUGUACGUCAUUAACCUGCUAAUCGCAGAUCUAAUUCAACUCCUGAGUUUGCCUUUAUGGAUAGACUACUAUGCCAACGGACACUACUGGCGCUUCGGAACCCGGAGUUGUCAGUUUACGGGUCUGAUUUUUUACAUUAGCAUUUACGCCGGCAUCUUCUUCAUGUGUAUCAUCGCUCUAGAGCGUCAUCUGGCCAUCGCCAGACCUCUCAGCUUCAAGCAUUUGCGUAACUUGAGGUUUGCCCCCUGGAUAGCACUCGCCAUUUGGAUACUAAUUGCGGUGCCACCUACCAUCGCAUUUGAUAAGCUCUUUCCCAAGCAGGAAAAUUACACUCUUUGUAUUGAGAAGUAUCCCUCAGAGGGCAGUUUCAUCACCUACAGGCUGAUUACUCUGCUUGUGUCCUUCAUCAUACCCCUAAGCUUCAUUGUUUGUCUCCACAGAGAGACCGUCCGCUCACUGAUGGCAAUCAACUCGCUUUUAUCCGAGGAUAAGAGGAGUAUCAGGGGUCUGCUCACCCUUCUAGUGGCUGUAUUUGUCACGGUGCUGGGGCCCUAUCAUUUCAUCGGCUGUGUGAAGUACGUCGGACUGCUGAUACACAGCAAUGCGUGCGUUUGGGAGAAGGCUGUGUUUGUGCCAUAUCAGUUAACACGAGGCUUUCUGAGCCUUAACAGCUUGCUGGAUCCUGUGUUUUACAUCUUUCUCCGCAGAGACUUCCGUGACACCACUGGGAACUACUUGCCCUGCCUGAGGAGAUCGAGGACCAAAUCGUGCCGGACAGAGAAACCAACGUGCUCCAGUCAAGACUGUGAUUAAAUAUUUACCCCUGGUUAUAUACAGUUUUUGAAAUACAAUUUGGACAAAUAACUAUAUGAAACUAUGCCAAACUCAUGAGGCCAUAUAACAGGAUCUAUGGUGGAGCCAUCAUUGAACUCUUUUCCCAGCAGUGUUUAAAAAAGAAAAAAAGAAAAAAAGGUACCAGUCACUGGCGGCAUUUUUUAGCAUUCACAAACAUUUAAUGGCCCCUACAAUAUUUUGUUGUGUGAAUAUCAGAACACACAAUGUACUGAAAGAAAGAAUAGACAAAAAUAUAUAUAUAUAUUCUUAAGCUCAAUGUAUUCUUUUUUAUUAACAUGUGGCAGUGGGUAAGUUUAAAAAAAAAAAAAAAAAAAAAAAAAACCUAAGUUUAAUCAAAGGCUACAUCCAGAUCAGAUUCAGAACUAUGAUCAAUAUAUAGACGGAGUAGAUCGAUCCAUCAACUUCUCCAAAGCUUCACAGUCCUUCCUGGGUCGACAUUUUAUUCGGUAACAUUAGGCAGUUUUGAUUCAUAGGCUGUUAAAUGUUGAUGAUCGCGUUAUUUUACAAAUGCAUUAGCCCACAUAUACUAUCACUUUUUUAUUUUUUGCCUGUGUUUUGAUCAGGAGAUUCCGUACACUUUCAGAAGGUGUGUCAUAGCGCCCCCAAAAGUCAGAAAGUCGGAAAUUGUUGUCAAUGGCUACCCUGGAAAUACGAUUGAGGGGCCAUUUCGAUAACUAAUGUAUUAUGUAGCCUAUACAGCCUGUUCAGUCUGCCCAGCGCAUCCACCGUGUGUGUGUCCAUACCUUAGACAUACUGACAGUCUCUGUUCAGAAUCGAUUGGUUCACGGAAAUUGGUGGUCUUGUUUUUAAAAUGUGGCUCCAGAAUCGCGAGCAAGGCGUGGUGGCAACGUUUGCCCACAAAGGUUGUUUUGUAAUGUUGCAUUAUGAAGCAGACAUGCCUAUAUCAGCUCGCACUAAAACUCUCCAUUUUUUUUUAAUUUAUUUAUUUUUUAUUUCCUUUUUUACUUAGGUGUAUAUUUUAUAGUUAAAGGUGGAAUACCUAAGAUUUAGAUGCCGCUAGA